GGUAAACUGGGUGAACGAAAUGGCCGAGGCAGAUAAAUAAAUCACGGUUUUUAUCAUUAGUUGGAGGCCAUAAAAAAACGAGUCCAAUAUUUGACACGUGACAUUUCUAAUCAGUGUUGCCAGCCUAGUACAAUUGAACUAUUGUUCUAAGAUUCUGAUACUCUAGUACACUCGAAGCAAAGUACAUUUUCUUUUUUUCAUCAUAUGGUUCCACUUGACGUGUAAAAUAUAUUGUUUGGAUCUUCCUUGUUUGGGUUCGUUGUCUAUAAAGGCCUUUUUUUGUGAACCAAACGAUCACAAUCCGAAAAAUCUGUAACAAUUUAUAGAAUCUAGUACAUUUUUAUGAAAUCUGGUAUAUUUUUUAAACAAAUCUGGUACAUAAUAAAAAUAUAUUCUGGCAACACUGUUUCUAAUUGACAAAAUUUGCAAUUUGAGAUUGAGCAAAUUUGUCGAAUCUUGAAUCGUACUCAGCAAAAUGGGUUUUUCAAACACAAUUUAUAAUAGCAUUUUCAAAAGAACGUCAACAAUGGCCUUAGCUAUAGUUGCUUCUGCAUUUUUCUUCGAAAGAACUUUUGAUUUAGCCACAGAGACAUUUUUUGACAAAUACAAUGAGGGGAAACUUUGGAAACACAUCAAGGACAAAUAUGAAUAG